GGACAAAGAGCAGGCAAAUGUACUAAAUGCCUUCUUCAAUUCUGUCCAUACAAAAGAAAAUGGGGAAGACUGCAGACAUACUACAAGAGAUGAUCAGAGACUGCAGACAUAUCACAGGAGAUGGUCAGAGAAUGCGGACAUACUACAAGAGAUGGUCAGAGACUGUGGACCUACUACAGGAAAUGAUCAGAAACUGCAGACAUACUACAAGAGAUGAUCAGAGUCUACAGACAUACUACAGGAGAUGGUCAGAGAUUGCAGAUCUACUACAGGAGAUGAUCAGAGACUGCAGUUCUACUACAGGAGAUGAUCAGAGACUGCAGCUCUACUACAGGAGAUGAUCAGAGACUGCAGA